AUGUCCCUCCCACCCCUCCCCGCCAACGUCCACGUCUCCUCCCAUCCCUGCUUGCAAGCCAAGCUCUCCCAGCUUCGCUCGGAACACACCACCCCUCGUGAGACAAGAGCCCUUGUUGAAGAGAUCACCUCCAUUCUGGGCGUCGAGGCCUUCGCCACCGGCCUCCAAACCACCAAGACCGGCACGGACCGCACCCCGCUCGGCGUCGACUACGACACGCAAGGCAUCACUCCCGCGGACCUGGCCCUCGUCCCGAUCCUCCGAUCCGGCCUGGGCAUGGUAGACGCCAUCAACGCACUCCUCCCGACUGCCGUCCCAAUCUACCACCUCGGGCUCUUCCGCGAGAGCACCACCCUCCAGCCCGUCGAGUACUACAACAACCUCCCCUUUCACCAAUCCGCACUCUCGCCCGCCUCGCCCGCCUCCCUCUCCGCCACGACCAACACGGCCGCGGCCUCGCUGGCCGUGCUCCUAGACCCAGUCAUCGCGACGGGGGCGACCGCCGACGCGGCGAUCCAGACGCUGCGUGACUGGGGCGUGGACCGCGUCCUGGUGAUCAGCGUGUUGGGGUCGCGGACGGGGGUGGAGCGUGUGGCAGCGUGUUGGGAGGGGGGCGUGCAGAUUUGGGUUGGGGGCGUGGAUGGCGAAGUCAAUGAGCGGGGCAUGAUCGUGCCGGGGCUUGGGGAUAUUGGGGAUCGGUUGUUUGUGGCGAUUGGGAAGUAG